GACAACGGGCGCUAAUGGAGACGGUGGACUGGGCGGAUGGGUGGUGAUGAUGCUCCUCCUCCGAGCUACUUAACACCAUGGCUUUGAUCUGGCCCGGCACUCACUCCUUCUGUCCUGUCUGCUCACUGCACAGCUGAGACUGAGACUGGGCUGUGUUAUCUGAUCUGGGUCCAGACUGGGAGAAAAAGGAUAAGAGAGAGAAGAGGAGGAGAAGAUGUCUACAGGCUGUGGCUGUGUGAGGUCGCCCCCGGAGACAGCGGAACACAGACUGACGGGUGGACAGGAGCACCACUAUCAGAUGGUGGAGCCUGUGAGGACCCUGCUAGAGGAGGGGGCAGGGAUGACCAGAGCUGUGCAGGGGAAACACUGUCCUGAGGCAGUGCACCCCGAGGAGCAGCCAGAUGAGCAGGAACUGAAGAAACCACGCAGGAAAGACACGCCCGUCCUCAACACUCCUCCACUCAUACCAGUCACUUGCCUUCAUCAGGUGUGAGGAUGGUGAAAGGAGAGAAGAGAAUGAUUCACAUGGAGGAUGAAGAGAAGGAUGGAAAGAACUAGAAGUCAUUGGAGGAGAGAUUCUUGCCUACAAUUUUUGUUGUUGUUGACAUCGUUGUUUCCUGUUGUCACAUUACUAAUAUGUAGCUUAUACAUGUUUAUUAAAAGUAGCUCUACAAUGUGUGGCUGUUAUCUUUCAUAAACAAGGUAUAAAGAUGUUGUCAAUGCAUGCAUUCAAUGUAAUAUACUGUCUCUAGCCAAAGGUUGCACCGUGGCCAUUACAAUGUAAAAAAUAGCAUAUGUCUUAUGGAAGAUGCCAAAACGUUGGAGAAAACAAUAGAAUGAAAAGUCAAAGUUACUGGUUUCCAUCUGUGGCAAAGUUUUCCCUAAAUGGUUAUGUCAAAUCCAGCUCCAGAACCAGCCUAGCCAGCUGGCUAUUCUUUUGAAUAUGGUGUAGUUAGAAAAAAACCCAGCAACAACAGAUGAUGCUAGCUAAGGUUAGCAUGCUAGCUAUCUACACUGACAGCUGUCAGUUCCCUAUUUCUUGAUGUUUCUCCAGUCCACGUCGAAAUCACCAUGACGUUCUUUCCCACCCCCAAUUCUAAAACAUGUAUAAGUAGCCUGCCUCAUUCAUCAGAGGUGCAACCUAAACAAGCAUUCUUGCUCUAGGGCAGAGAGGAAGAGGCAAAGCGAGAGGUUUUAAUCUGCCCAAAUCUGUUUGUGUAAAUAAGUCCACGAACUGAAUAACUUUUGUAUGGAAGUCAAUAAGAGUAUCAAAUUUGGACAACAAUAAAUGUCAUCGCUAAUUUGCUACAAGAGGCUUACUUGAUUUAAUAGAAGUUUCAUAAUGGUUAGGUUGUUACGAAUGCACUGAUGUAAGUGGACGCAUGUGGGAUUUAGGCCACUUUGAAAAAAAUGUGUUAAUAUCAGAGUUGUGCUUGUUGUCAUAGAGAUACAGUAUAUAGAGGACUCAUUAUGGAUCUAGCCGUUUUAGCAUGGACAUUUCCAUUGAGGACUUCCACAAUUUUAAAAUAGUCAACUGGGUCGCUAUUCCGAGCCAGAGAAAUCAGCCAAUGAAGAAGAAAAUGUACUACUUUAAAAUAGAGAGAGCCUCAAUGGUGCUGCCCAUGCUGUCCCAGAUGCUAUAAAGGCACAGAUGCAAAGACGAGUCCUCUACGGCCUAUUGUUCAUGCGCUUAUCUGUCCUCUCAUGGGCUAGAAUGGUCCCAUCUGAUCUCUCCUCCUCCCAUGUGUUUCAUCUUUGACAUAUAUUUCCAUUGUUAGAGCGAUCACUUGACUAUCUUGUCAAUAUAAUAGACAAUAUCUAGGGCAGGAAUUACAU